AUGGCUUCUUCAAUAACAACUGCCGUUCCUUCAGGGAUAAUAAAGAACUGGUGUUUAGCUGAUUUAUCAGACUUCGGAAGCGGACCAUAUGAAUGUGCCAACGAAACCGUUGGCCAGAAACCGGCCGACUUCCAGACCAUUUGCUGCGAUGGCGACAUAAUCGAUACCGCUGAGAACUUGUGGCAACCAUACCGCCCGAAAUCCGCAGGACCCUUCUAUUUAAACAUAGACGACCUCGUCUGCUGUCGUCUUGUAGGCGCGCAGCAAGGCGGGCUACAAGCAAUUGAUCCAGAUCAGACGCAUUGUACUGCUGGUAGCCCCACGCCGCUUGCAAGUCUGGCGGCGACAAAUACGGAAAAUGCUGCAGAUUACUUGGUGACAUACACCAGUGCGUCGUUUGGAGAAAGCACAACUGGGGAUUUUAUUCCAACAGCGACUCCAAGAUGUUUGUGGAUGAAUACCAACACAGCGCAAUCGGCUGGUGUUGGUGUGAAAACAGUGACUGUGCCGGCUGCCAGUAUCAGCACAUUACCGGCUGCUACCACGGAUAUGUUUGGAAGGCCAAUAGCAACAUCUAUAUACAGUUCAACGUCUCGGUCUCAUAUGGCGUCCACCCAAGCAACACAAACAGGGAGCUCACCAUCGUCAUCAGCAUCGUCAUCAGCAUCAUCGUCAUCUGAAGACUUAUCCCAAUCAACAGAGGCCUCGCCAUCGGCGGCUGCGUCUACUUCAUCUCGAGUUGCCUCCAGGGGCUCACUCAUCUCAAAAUCAAACGGUCUUUUUGUACUUUGUUUGUGGGCUGUGAUUUCGACCUUUCUUCAAUGA